AUGAGCGACCUCAACAACCUGCCGGCUCGUGACGAGCAGCACCAGCAGCAGCAACACCAGCACGACGACACAGACACCACCAACCCAGCGCGGCAUGCGGACGGCAUGCGGGGCGCGAUGGACCACAUCGCCCAGGAGGUAGCCUACAUCGAUCAAACCAUCACCGACGUCCUGCGGGACCCCAACCUCGACGUCCUCCGCCUGGCCGCCGCCCGCAUCGCCUUCGCCCUGCGCCUGCUCGGCGGUGAUUUGGGCCGCCUCCUCGCCCGCCAUGACGACCUCGUCCGUGGGGGCGAGGAUGCUGCUGCUGGGGGGCCUUCCGCCUCUUCUGCUGGGGCUGUUGAGCCCGUCUUUUCUUCUUCUCCCGCUGCCGUCGCUGUUGAUGGUGGUUGUGCUGGUGGUGCAGCUGCAGGUGGUGUUGGUGCUCGCGGCUCGGGUGCCGGUGGCUCCGUCCCCGGCGGUUCUCCUGCUCGUGCUGCCGCCGCCGCCGCCGCCGCUACUGCUGCUGGUGGUGUCUGCGGUCCUGAUCCGCCCGGUGCUGUUGGCUCGGGCGCCGGCUCGGCCGAUGGUGACUCCAUCGGCGAUGACUCGACCGUCGUUGCCUCGUCCGACGGGGGGUCUGCCAACGCCGGGCCGGCCGACAAUGACCCGGUGGCGCGCGGGUCGCCAUCAGCCACCGUCGAUCCCAUCGACAUCCCCCGCGCCGGCAAUCCGUCGCGCCGCCCCCGCCCCAACAAUUGGAACGGGUACUACAUCAGGUAG